AUGUCAGUAGUGGCUUCAUUCGUGUUGGAAUGUGCUCGAAGUGGUCGAUGGGUACGAGGUAUUUUAGCACUUCAAGGAAACCUAAAUUCGACAGAAGUAGAUGUUUCUAGAGCAAGAAUUCAACUAGCGAGUAGAAUUUUUGAAAAGCAGUGGCGUACAGCAUUAGAUAUGGUAAGGACGAGUGAUGUUUCUCACGUAGAUGAAAUGUCUAAUUUCCUUUAUGAGUGUUCCAAAAGUGCUUAUGUUCCUUCUGAUGUCUUUAAUAAUGUGGCAAUUACACUUCUGCAAAGUGCGAAAGAUAAUGACGAAAUUCAGAAUCAACUUUUUCGUUCAGUUGUAAAAUGGACAACAUGGUCCCAAGCACUAGAAUUAUUUACUCAUGUCAAAUUACCAAAUGAGAAAAGCUUAAUAGAGUUAGAUGAGUGGCUCAAAUGUAGCCGUAUGUUUGGAAGUAUUAACAAGAAACGUACGAUAGAUUCUGCUCUGAUGCAAUUAAAUCUCCCUGAUAGUAGAGGCAACAAUCUAAAGACAAAAGGCCACUCUUUAAAUAAGAAGAACGUGUCAGUUGUUCGAAAAGAGAUUAAAGGACAAACUGAGUUAACUGAUGUUUUAGGUGCAUUAAAAUCGGGUAAACAUCUUAGUAUGGUUUCAUUGGUAAAGCUUGCAAAAUUAGCUACUACUGAAGGGUGUGUUUCGUGGAAACUACCCUUAUCACUUGUCAUGAAACACCGUAUUGUAGAUGACUGUAAUGAUGUAUUUGCAAAAAUGGUAGGUGUAUGUUCCCCCCAAUUAUGGCAAGUCGCGCUUAAUAAUUUUUCUUUGAAUGGAAAAAUUGCUUUAUGGUUGGCAUCUUCUCAAAACUGGAAAGCUGCUCUGAUAGUAUCGCAAAGUGUUUUAUUAUCAGAUCGAGAGAAAUAUGAUAUUCUUAGUCGUUCUUUAACUCCCACUACACAACUAAGGAAAGUUCUUCCUCCAACUAGAGCGACAGAACGAGUCUAUGAACCAACCAAAAAAGCAAUUGCAUCUAUGCUUGCUAGUGGAUAUCUUCUUGAAGAACUUCAGUUAAGUGCUUUUGCAAAAUCAUGUCAGCGUAAUGGUGACUGGGAGUCAGCUCUCUACCUUUUUAAUCGUAUAGGCACAGAAGAAUUUCAACAACGAGCCAUUAAAACUCUUUUGGAACAUUCUCCAAAUGUCAAAAUGGAACAAAUACUUGGACUUGUGGAUUAUCGCAAACCAGCGAAUACUUCUACAGCUUCAAUGUUGAUAAAAAAUUCCAGUGAUUGGUUGCAAGCUUUAUUUGUUUUCCAUUACAUUUUGUCACGGGGAACCCAGUGUAAUCCACAAAUAUUAAGUGCCCUUAUGGAUGCAAAACCACCAAUUGGGGUCCUAUCGACAGUUAUUGAAAAACUAAAAUGGACAGCAAAUGAUGGUAUACUCCGUCGCAUGGAAUACUUAAAGAAGAAUUCUUCUGAAACGUCAUAA